CACCAGUGAAGAAGGAAGAGAGGCAGCAGUAAACCACCAGUCUCAACAUGACCGUCCGUCCCACUUUGAUCUGCUUCUUCUUCCUCUCUCUGCAGGAUGGAAACUCUGGGCUCGCCAAAGCCCAAAUCUUUAUCUAUACAGGAACUGAAGGAGAAGAUAUCAGAGUUAAAUGCUCUUCUUCUCAGUCUGGAAACACAAAGUUCUUCUGUAAGAAUGAAUGUAAACAAGGAGAUCUUCUCAUUGAAACAACUGAUGUCACAGCUCAGAGCGGCAGAUAUGGGAUGGAAUAUGAAAAACUUCGACCAGGAGCAAAUGUUUGGGUCAGCAUCUCCCAGCUGACCAAGUCUGACUCAGGACUCUACAGGUGUGGUCUGGGAAGACCUUUAUCUCCAGAUUUAUACGCAGACUUUGAAAUCCGUGUUGUAGAUGCACUGCUGGAUCGAACUCUUCCUGAAGUGAGAACCCUCCAUAAGACAUCUGGAGAUAAUGUUGUAGUUGGAUGCUUCUUUCCUGUCUCUAGAAGCAGGAAGUACUUCUGUAAGGAACGAUGUGAAGAUGAAGACAUUCUGGUUCAAACAUCUGAUGUCAGCGCUCAGACAGACAGAUACAGCAUUGAAUAUGUAAGAGGAUCUCCGUCUAGAGUAUUUGUGUAUGUCAGCAUCUCCCAGCUGACCAGGUCUGACUCAGGACUCUACAGGUGUGGUCUGGACAGACGUUUGUCUCUGGAUCCUUACCGUGAGUUUAGGAUCGUUGUCACAGAUGCUUCAAACACGACUGAACCAAUCAGCACUCUGCCGAUGUUUCCAUCAUCAGUCUCAUCAACCUCCACAUCUCCACACACUGGUACACCAUCACCCAGAGCUGCAGGUGUGCUGCUGUACGUGGGUCUGACUCUGGUGGUCCUGGUCCUGGUCCUGGUCUUUCUGUCUCUGCUGAUACUCUGCAGGAGGAGGAGGUCUAAAGCCAAAGAACGUCCCGUGGAAACCGAGUACGCUGUCACAGAGACCAACCGAGUGUACGAGGACAUCAGAGAGGACGGACAGAGACGGUCUCCUCCUGUAGAAAUCUCUUCAGGUUACUCUAGCGCCAAAUACUCCAAACCAAGCGCUGCUGAGACCAACGAUGACUACAGCGUUAUCACUGCAGCUAACCUUCAAAAUACAGCUGAAGAAGACUCCGGUAGACUCACCUACUCUGAGGUUCAUUUUACAAACCGGGCCGCCAGCUCGCCCACCAGCGCCCUCAGGGGAGACGCUGAUCAUGUGGUCUACUCUGUUCCUCGGGUUAGAGACGGCUCUGAUGCUGCCCCCCCUGAAGAUGACCCGCCCGUCUACUCUACUGUUCAUUAGCUUUAAAGGCCGUCCACACCCAGAACUACAACCAGAACUAGAAAUAUGUAUUUUAAAUCGUUCUAACUCCACCACAAGUGUAACACCAGCGACAGUAGUGAAUGUUAUCGUUGGGUAGGGCUGCUCCAUUAGGGAACAAUCCUAAUCAAGUUUAUUUUAGUCAAUAUGGAAAUCAGGAUUAUUUAACACGAUUACUUUUGGAAAGAAGUUGUUUAUUAUUGGAGUUAAAAUCAACAGUGAAAACACCUUCAACUGGGACAUUUCCCUUAAAAUAAAUAAUGUAAAAUAUAUAUUUAAAUGUUUUCAAGAAAAUAACAAAGGACAAAUUAAGAGUUGUGUAAUGUGCAGAAUAUCUGUUUUUCUCGAUGUUGUUGUGAUCAUUAGCUGGAUUAAUUACCCAGCCCGUCUUUGAGAUCACUGUCAUUCAGACAUGACUUAACUAUUGGUUUAAAAAAACUAGAUUGAUAAAUUUGUCUAUAAAAACAGAUAACUCCAGUAACAGUUUGUUGGAUUCUCCAAACCCUCGUGUAUUUCUUUUUCUUUAUCUGUGCAACGUAAAAAAGAAACGCGUCAUAAAUCUGUGUGUUGUAGACCCCUGACACAGCAGAUCCUCCAUCAGGGUGGACCCUCACAUCGUUAUCGUUAUGGUUACGGUAGUCUCUCAUGUCCAGACCUUCCUCCACAAUGUUGCAGAGGAAGGACUGGCUAGUCCACACAGCAUUUCUGGAUGGGAGAACAAUGUGCUCUUGUUUAU